AUACAAUAUGGCGUUGUUGUGUAAAAAUGAACAAAUAUUCGGAUGUAUGAAAAAAAAUUUGUGAAAAAUUGCAAUUUGCGGAAGUUUUAAUGAUUUAAUAUUGUGCAUUGCAAAGACAAGUGGAUAUACAAAGAAAGAGUGACAACUUUUCAGUGUUAAAAGCAGAAAAUAAUAAAAUAUUCUCUGUAGACUGUUGAGACCGGCGUAACUUUUGAGGCGCCAAAAAUCACAAAACAAAUCAUAAUAAUAAAAUGGAAGAAGAAAUAACGCCUGCGGUUGCGACAAAUGGUGUGGCGAAUAAUGGCGAUGAGGGUGCUCUGACGGAAUCGGGAGCUCCAUUGUCGGUGGUGGAUGCGGUUGCUUCGACGAAUGAGUGGGAGAGGGGAGGCGCUGUGGAGCUGGCGAAUGAAGAAGAAGCAGCAUCAGCGGCAGUUGCUGGCGAUAAUGUUUACAUGAAUGAGGGUAAUGUUGCGCCUAAUGCCGGAGAGGGUGUAGAAGCAGUCGCUGCUAGCGCCGUGGAAGGGGCGGAGGUGCAGGAGGAGGAGGAGGAGGAAAUGGGUGAAGCCGAAUACCUGGAUGAUGCGAUGCCUGAUGAUGACGGGGACGAAGAAAACCCAGCAGAAGAAGAAACAAUAGCAGACAAGAAUAAUACUACUAAUGCAGAGACGGUAAAACCAACAGACGCCUCAGAAGCUGUCGCUGAAUCGGUAGCAGAAGAAGGCAGCGCUAAUAAUGUGGCAACAGAUGCUGAAACAUUGGAAGAAGCUGUGGAAGAGGACGUCGAGGAGGACGAGGCCGUAGAGGAAGAGAUUGAAGAGGAGGAUGACGAUGAAGAAGCUGAACUCAUCACUGGUGACGAUGCCCAGGAACAGCUUAAGACAGCCGGAGAUGCCACAGACAAGGCGAAUGUGAGUGCACGCUCUGGAGCCCAAAAACAGGAGGAACCAGUGGAUGAGAAUCAGUGUCGUGUGUGUACCAGCAAGGACAAUUUAAAAAGUCUCUUUACGAAGACCAGUGAUUCUACUACGCCGGCUGACAUGUUGCUCUUGAUUUGCCCCAGUGUAUCUAUAGCGCCCAAGGACUUUAUGCCACAAUUUAUUUGCAACAACUGCCAGCAGAGUCUCACCAUUGCCAUAAAACUAAGGAAGCAGCUGGAAACUACGGAGAAGGAUUUGCGUAAGCGUCUUUCACGCAGUAAAAACAAAAUUCGACGACCCCGCGGAUAUGUUGUUAUCGACGCCCCCGUCUCCGAUUCGGCCAGCGAUGAGGACGAGGAGGAGCUUAACGAUGAUGCUGAGUUCAAAGUCUCUGAUGUUGCAGGCUCUACAAGUCCCGACAGUGAUUCUGCCGACUCGGAUAUCAGUGAGAAACGCAAGCCAGGCCGGCGACGAGGUCGCAAGAAGAAACGCUCGGCGGGCUCUGAAGAAGAAUAUCCACAGAAAAAGAAGAGUCUGAUGUCACAACCCGCCCUCCCUGCGCAGGGACCAUUCGAGUGCGAUCAGUGCGAUCAAAGCUUUCCACGCAAACAAUCCUAUGUGAUGCAUCGCAAAACUCACGAUCCGCGCCACGAAUACCUCUGUCAGAUAUGCAACAAGCAGUUCAAGGUGCGGGGCGCCUACAAAACGCACAUGGAACGCCAUGACUCGGAACGUGCGCAGUUCCGCUGUGAGUUGUGCGCACAGGUUUUCCGACUGCGAGCCGAACUUAAGCGUCACAUGGGCCUCAGUCACGAUGAGCAUGGUGUCAUCUACGAAUGCAAACGCUGUCAGCGCACCUUCCUCACCCAGCAGCGCUUGCAGCGCCAUCAAAGCACCAGUUGUAUACGUCACUCGGAAACAAAAGUCAGACGAAUGGAGAGCCAUCCUAGCCAGGGACGAGAUCUAUUCAAGUCGGUAGCACCCCUGACCACAACCUACUGGAGCGACAGUUUUUCCGACUAAUUCUCAAGCGAGUUACACAUUCGUUUCAAAACAAUUUGUGUACUAAAUAAUUUAAGCUUAUACAUCAUGUACACACACACUUGUGAACCAUUCAAUGAACCGUAAAAAUUCCUGGAAACAAA